AUGAGCGGCUCAUAUUCUGGUUAUGUUUCUACAGAACAGUAUGCUGAGACACUUCUCGUCACCAUGCUCAACUUUUUUAUCUGUUUCUUCGCCCUAUUCAUGAACACUCUAGUCAUCAUCACUAUUCAAAAAUCGCCCCAUUUCGUCAACUCCUAUGGCACACUAUCUCUAAAUCAUAGUGUACUAAAUAUGUUGAGCUUGUUGGUAUACUUCUUAUGGGUCACACCGACCACUUAUACCCAAUCCGUCUCAACCUCCACCACCACAGUCCUCGGCAAAAUCAUUGGUCAGCUUCAUCUUCUAUUCUUAUUCUCCAUGAUCUACUCUCAUCUAUCCCUCUCUCUAAAUCGAUUCGCCUCUCUAUUGCACCCCACCCGUACUCGAUCCAUAUUCAGUCACCACAUGUGUAUAUUCUUGAACAUUUCCACAUGGAUUCUCGGCUUCCUUCACGUUAUCCCAUUAUUCUGGUACCAAGACUGCCACAUCACUUAUGAUCCUGCCACGUGGCAAUGGGUGAUAUCUACUUCAAAGUUAUGCGCGACUUAUAAGUUGCUGGUGUUACAGUAUCUAUCUGUGAUAGUGUCUACUAUUAGUUUUCUGGUAAACCUAUUCACUUGGGCAAAGGUUUCCGCGGAGACCAUAAGAAAGCAUCCGGUCGAGACGAAGUUGUUGAAAGGAGAAUUCUGGAGGAGUUUUGGUUUUUUGAUAGCUGUUUUGACGUCAGGAGUACUAUCAGGAUGGGUAGAAGAGCGGUGGCAAAAGUAUGUGGUAUUAUGUGUGAUCUGGCAAGUGUAUCAUUUGGUUGAUGGACUAGUCAUCCUUCUUCUCCAUUUUCAUCGAAAACUGUUAGCUGAGCGACCUAUCCUGGACCCGAAUCACCAUACCCCUUCAUUCAUCCACGUGGAACAUCUCCAUUCUCUGCCUCACCGUAGCCCGGAUUUCAAUAGAAAUCAUUAUGUCUCGAAAGUUGAUACUUAUUAG